GCACAGAUCGACCGCGGCCUCUACAAGGAGAACAUGCAGAGAGAAAUCCUUAACACACCACUGUUGACAGUUCGUGAGGCGUCUGUGGAGGAUCUUCUCUUGGCAGAGCCAGAACCAGACCAUCCUGGGAAAAGCCGAGUCGCGGGAGUCAUUCUGGGGGACGGGAGCACAGUCCGUGCUGGGAGUGUUAUCCUGACCACUGGAACGUUUCUGAGGGGGAUGAUCCUCAUCGGACUAGAGAUGCACCCAGCGGGGCGGCUGGGGGACCAGCCAGCCAUCGGGCUGGCGCAGACGCUGGAGAAGUUGGGCUUUGCUGUGGGCAGGCUGAAGACAGGGACGCCGCCGCGGCUCGCCAAAGACACGAUUGACUUCAGGGGUCUGGAGGAGCGCGCGGCGGACAACCCACCGGUGCCGUUCAGCUUCCUCAGCGAGGCCGUGUGGAUCAAGCCAGAGGAUCAGCUGUCGUGUUACCUGACUCGCACUACCCUGAAAGCCCAGCAGAUUAUCUACGAUAACCUCCACCUGAACAACCACGUAAAGGAGACGACAAGGGGCCCGCGGUACUGCCCCUCUCUGGAAGCGAAGGUUCUGCGCUUCCCAAACCGGGAACAUCAGGUGUGGCUGGAGCCCGAAGGCCUGGAGUCCAAUGUCAUUUACCCCCAGGGCAUGUCGAUGACACUGCCACCUGAGCUCCAGGAGCAGGUGGUCAGAUCCAUCCCCGGCUUGGAAAACGCCAAAAUGCUACAGCCAGGCUACGGGGUGCAAUAUGACUUUUUAGAUCCCCGCCAGCUGACUCCUUCUCUCGAGUCUCGUCUUGUUCAGCGCCUCUUCUUUGCAGGCCAAGUAAACGGCACUACAGGCUAUGAAGAAGCUGCAGCUCAGGGUGUGAUCGCUGGGAUCAACGCCUCCCUGCGGGUUCAAGGCAAGCCCCCGUUCGUUGUCAGUCGCACUGAAGGCUACAUCGGUGUCCUGAUCGACGACCUUACCACGCUGGGCACCAGCGAGCCCUACCGCAUGUUCACCAGCCGCGUGGAGUUCCGCCUGUCCCUCCGGCCCGACAACGCCGAUGCCAGGCUCACCCUCAGAGGUUUUGAGGAAGCCGGGUGCGUGUCACGGCAGCGAUACGAACAAGCAGUUAAGAUGAGAGCUGCUUUGGAGGAUGGAAUUGCAACGCUCAAAUCCCUUCAGUUCAGCAUAUCCAAGUGGUCCCAGUUAAUGCCAGAAGUUCCCAUCAGUAGUGGUCGAAGGUCGCCUGUCAGUGCCUUCGACAUCCUUCAGUACCAGGAGGCCAGCAUGGAGGCCUUGGCAAGGGCUGUCCCAGAGCCCCUGGGAAAGCUCGCUCAGUGGCAAGAACUGGCAGAGAGAUUGAAAAUAGAAGCUGCCUAUGAGUGGUGCGUAGCCAACCAGCGGCAGGAGAUUGAGGAGGUGCGUCGCGACGAAGCCCUGCGCCUGCCGGACGACCUGGAUUACUUUGCCAUCGAUGCGUCGCUCUCGGCAGAGGUGCGGGAGAAGCUGGACUCCAGCCGUCCCCAGACGAUCGGUGCCCUCAGCCGCAUCCCUGGGAUCACACCGGCCGCUAUCGUCAACCUGCUGAGGUUUGUCAAGACCAAUCACCAGCACACAGAGAAGCUGAAAGCGAUGGCUCGGGUGGGCAAGUAUUCACUGGGAAAGAUGGACUCGGAGAAAGCGACUUCCCACGCAGGGGUUUCAGCAGAGCUUUCUGCAGAGGAGCCGGGGAGCACCUGCCUUAAAACAUCUCUGUAG